UUGUACGCGAGGGGAGAAGAGGGUAUUUUUAACACUACAUGCUAUCAGGAAACCUCGCCACAAUAACACAAGGAGGUACGCUGUAGAACCUCUGUGUUCCCACAAUCUGGACGUGUAAUGCACGUGUGGUAGCUCGGAAGUACGUACCGGGAACAGUACUUGUGGUGAGGUACUUUGUGAUGUCGUACGUUGGACUAUAUAUAUAGAAGUAAACUCGUGUGUGUGGACACAGGAGCAACUAUACUGAUGAUUGGCUAAAAAGGAUGUGAUACAACAAUGACGGCUGAUGAUUUCAGGAGGACGCUGGUGUGGUGGCUAGUUCUCGGUAUCCUCGCUGGUGUCGUCGCCGUUGUCUACGUCACGAGUGUUUCGUCCUUCCACGCAAUCAUCGACCGUACCAACUCUAGCUAUGAUUUCGUAAUUGUGGGUGCCGGAACAGCAGGGUCAGUUUUAGCCAGUCGUCUAACAGAAGACAGCAAUGUUAAGGUUCUACUUCUGGAGGCUGGAGGUGAGGAAACACGUGACCCAAAUCUGCACGUGCCGCUACUGUCUUCUCUACAGAAGAACCCGGAUUUUGAGUGGAUGUAUUACACAGUGCCACAGAAAUUUGCUGCUAUGGGGAUGAACGACAGGGCCAUUCGUAUCCAACGGGGGCGUGCCCUGGGCGGGACCAGUAUCCUGAAUAACAUGCUCUACCUCCGAGGAAGUAAGGAAGGAUACGACGAAUGGGAGAAAGCCGGUUGUAAGGGAUGGGGCUUCCGUGACGUCAUUCCAUACUUCCUCAAGUCUGAGGACAAUGAGGGGGAGCAAUUCAAACCUUCUGCCUAUCACGCCGCCAAGGGUCCUCUAAUUGUAACGCCAGUAUCAAGUCCACAUUCACCUCUGGACGACUCCUUUCGACAAGCAGCUCAGCAACUUGGCUACAAAGACAUCGACUGCAAUGGCAAAGAAUCUAUAGGUUAUUGUGGAGUACAAGCAACCACGAAGAAAGGAGUUCGGGUGAGUGCCUCUAAGGCCUUUCUCAGACCAGCCAUGACUCGACCAAACCUUCAUGUUGCUCUUUUUGCUCACGUUACCAAGGUGCUGAUAUCCAAUGGAAAAGCGGUAGGUGUGGAGUUUUUAAGGAACGGCCGGAGAGAAAUAGCCGGAGCCACACAUGAGGUGAUCCUGUCUGCUGGACCAGUGGCCACACCACAGAUCCUUAUUCUUUCAGGUGUAGGGCCCAAGGAUCUCCUCUCUGAUCUUAAGGUGUCACCUCACUCGGAGAUUCCGGUGGGAGAGAACCUGUAUGAUGGUUUGAUGGUUCCAAUGCGGGUGUUCAUCAACGAGAGCUUCACUAUAACGCCUGCUCGAUCCACAAGCGUCAUCAGCCGUAUGAAAUAUAAGGUGUCCGGUGCAGGUUAUUUACCGAUGCCUGCCGGAAUUUUUGGACACAUUUUUACAUCAUCCGAAGAAGGGGAUGUAACACCAGAUUUACUGAUCUCUGGGAUGGCAACAAUUCCAGAAGUGUGGGAAGGUUUCGACUGGAAUCUUAAAAAGAAUAUCCUGAGUGAUCUGUCGGAGAACAAUGACGACCACAAGGAGGGGAUGAUGCUGAUAGUACAGCUACUUACACCUGCUAGUGUUGGGAGGGUCACACUAAAGAGCACUAACCCAUUCGAACAUCCAACCAUCGACCCACACUAUCUUGAAGAUCCUGAUGACGUCAAGGCUCUUAUCAAAGGAAUGAAGCUUGCUUUCAAAUUAACAAGAACCAAAGCAUUUAGAAGAUUGGAUCCAAAGCUUCCUAGAAGAGUUCUAUCCAAAUGCUCUAAACAUAGGGUCAACAGUGACCCGUACUACGAGUGCCUGAUCCGUUACCUGGCGGUAUCCUCGGAGACUGUUGGGGGCACAUGUAAAAUGGGGGAUGUAGCUGACAACUCCACAGUCGUAGAUCUCCAGUUGAGGGUAAAAGGUAUACAUCAACUGCGGGUCGUCGACGCAUCAGUACUACCUACACCUCUUUCCGGUGCAUCGUACGCACCCGUUGUCAUGGUAGCAGAAAAAGCUGCUGACAUUAUAAAAAAGACAUACCAGAAGCGACUUAAACGCCGACCUAGCUGAUGUAAUACUUGUGGUUAGAUGUUCUUGAAUCGCCUCAUCACUAACACUGUAAUAUUUACUUAUCAUCUCAUUGUGUUGAGCGAAUGGUCCGAACGUCAUGUUUGAUAAGAAUGACGUCAUAGGAUAUUGUUAUUUAUUGUUCGUCCUUAAUUAAUGUGUAUACGUGUGUUUUCUUAUUUAUGUUGGUGUAAAGGCGUGAUCUCCCUAAUUGGUCGAAACUGAUGAAUGGACUGAUUUUAGCGCCAUUGUCUCACAAUAUGAAAGAUGUUUCCCCUUUCUAAUAAAUACAAAUACCAGUGCUAUUAAUCCUUUUUUGGAUGACAGUUAUCUCCCUUGUUUUCGAUAAUAAUUUAUUUUUUGUAUCCAUUCUAAACAAAGUGUAAUUGUCUUCGACGACAACAGUUUUGCUUCCCUUGUUUGUUGAUAAUGGUGCGGUGCAAAAUGUAUCAUCUCUCCAUUUGUCAUUUUACACGUUUUUUGUAUUCAUAUCGGGAGUUUUGUCUUCCAUGGUUUAUAUCUAACGUCAGGCUGUCUACAAAUCAUCGGCCUUUUUCGUCCAGCGUUCUAGUGCUGAAGUAUUAUUUGUUCUUAUUAUAUAUAAGAAAGAUGUUUUCGCUAUCACAGCAAUAGAUUUAAAGAGCCGUGUACAUGACAUUAUGAUCUCAGAGGCUGACAAGGUUAGAUAUCGUACUUAUUCGAUCAAGGAAACUAAUGCUGAAAUCGCGUCUUCAUUCUGUAAUACAAAUCCUCUCGAAUGGCAAUACAUUCGUUGGGAAUGAUAUAAGACAAUACGAGUAUUCUCAUGUUUGAAGUUAUGCUCAGAAACAGAAGACAAGACAAGGGAUAAAGAACAAUGUCGUUAAAACAAUCUUUACAAAUUAUCUUUAUACAAUUCUCUGUAAAUACUUGGCAAAUAACAUGUUCCCAAACCGCAUUGAACGAAAUAUAAGUUUAUCGUUUAGUGACAUUCGACACCUGAAAUUUCUCACCCACAACCACAAACAGAAAUGGUAGUUGUCUAUUUUCUCUAUCAACGACUUGUACUACUUAGUAUAGUAACUACCAGUAUUUUACUUCUCACCUGUUUUUUCUGUUUCCUUGGCAACGUUUAGCUGUAGAUGUAUUGACAGUCUCGUGCGUAUUAGAAUCCUGAAACCUUUCUUUCCACCAUUUUUUUCGUAACCCAACAAAUGAUAAACUAAUAAUGUUGGAAUGCAUAUCUUCUAUAUGGAAAUUGGUAGAAAAGAAUAGGAGUUUACUCUUUAACUUAUAUGACAUCAAUUAAGAUUUGAAAUCGCUUGUAAACUGUGUUGGUCUUUUGAUUGAGAUGUAUAUUUUAUGCUGGUGUAUGGAUUAUGUUGUAUUGAACGAAAUAAUGAGUUUAUCACGAAAUGUAGAUUUAAAAGGCCUAUUAUUAGAUAUUAAACAUGACUGGUUAGAUUAAUUUAGAUAAUAGUGCAAAAAGAAUGUCACGAGUGAUGACCUUGUUCUAUGAGGACAGUUUGUUUUAUUGUGCUGUUAAUUUUUAGAACAAUAAACAUUUUUUUUUUU